GAGCAGGCACUGAUGCCAACGUCUCCUUGAUCCUGUUUGGGGAGUACGGGGACAGCGGGACGCUUGCUCUGAAGGAGUCCAACAAGUCCAACAAGUUCGAGAGGAACCAGAUGGAUGAAUUCAGCUUCUCGGAGAUGCUGAGCCUGGGAGAUCUCUGCAAAGUGCGGAUCUGGCACGACAACAAAGGAAUAGCACCAGGUUGGCACUUGGAAUACAUUGAUGUGACUGACUCCGCUAUGGACAAGACAUUUCGCUUCCAGUGUGAUCGCUGGCUGGCUAAAGGAGAAGACGAUGGGCAGCUCAUAAGGGAACUGGCCUGUGCCAAUAACGACAUCCUGGAGCUGAAGGAACGGACUGCCUAUGAGAUCGUCACAGUAACGAGCGACAGAGAGGACGCAGAAACAAAGGAAAACAUCUGGAUCAUCUUAGAAGGAAAACUGGGCCGCUCAAAAGAAUUCCUUAUGGAAAACUCCUCCAAAAAAAGGCGAUUUGAAAGGGGAGCAACAGACACAUUUCAGUUCUCUUCAAAGAACGUUGGGGAUAUUGCAGCCAUCUGCGUUGGUCACUGCCCAAAAGACGGGAAGAAGUCGUCUGCAAAAGCUGAUGUCUUCUGGCAUGUCCAGGAGAUCGUCGUAACGGAGAUGGAGCUCUGCAACAAAUAUUUUUUCAGGUGCAACGUGAAAAUCCCUCUGCGUUACAAGAGACGGGACUACAAAGUCUUCGAGUGUGCCAAGGUCACCGAGAGCUUUGCCAGCAAAGCCCGGAGCUUGGUGCCAGUCAAAUAUGAGACCAUCGUGGUCACAGGCUUCGAAAAGGGUGCGGGGACCGACGCCAACGUCUUCAUCACCAUCUUUGGGAUGAAUGGGGAUUCGGGAAAGCGAGCGCUGAAGCAGAAGUUCAGGAACCUCUUCGAGCGGGGCAAAACCAACAGGUUUUACCUGGAAACGUUGGACAUGGGGGAGCUAAAAAAGGUCAGGAUUGAGCACGACAACAGCGGUCUGGCACCGGGCUGGCUGGUGGAGCGGGUGGAGAUCACCAACUCGGCCACUGGCGUGACUACCAUAUUCCCCUGUGGGAAGUGGCUGGACGAAAACCGGGGUGAUGGGUUAAUCUGGAGGGAGCUUUUUCCUAGGAACUGA